UUCCCCAUUCCCAAACCUGACCUGAUUGCCCGGCUGGAACGAGGGGAAGAGCCGUGGGUCCCAGAUCUCCAGGCCAAUGAGGAAAGGGAGAGCCCGAGAGGCACCCGCACAGGUGAGGAGUCAGGGAAACUGAGACAAAAACAUGGUGACAGGACAGUGGGUGAGAACAAGGAGGAGAAUCAUUGGCAGGAAGAUCCUGAGAAAGUGGAACUGCAGGGGAUAUUUUUGAGAAGAGCUGAAGGGAAUUUUUCCCAGUGCUUGGAACAGGGAAACGUCUGGGGAGAUGGACACAGAUCAGAGAUGCAGCUGGGAAACUAUCCCAGGAAGAAACUGGACGAAUCCAUUCAAGGUGGCGGAGGAUGGAAGGAUCCCAAGGAAACCACAGUCCAGCAGACAAGUCACAAUGAAGAGAAACCCUACAAAUGCCUUGACUGUGGGAAAAGUUUCCGUUUCAGUGCAAACCUGCUUAAACAUUGGAGAACCCACACAGGAGAGAAGUCCUACGAAUGCUUGGACUGUGGGAAAAGCUUCAGCGAGAAGUCAAACUUUAUUAUACAUCGGAGAUUGCACACAGGAGAGAGACCGUAUAAAUACCUGGAGUCCGGGAGAAGUUUUAGUCAGAGGUCACUCCUUCUUGCACAUCAGAGACUGCACACAGGAGAGAGACCCUAUAGAUGCCUUGAGUGUGGGAAAAGUUUCAGUUUGAAAUCAACCCUUAAUAGACAUCAGAAAACACACACGGGAGAGAAACCGCAUAAAUGCCUGGACUGUGAGAAAACUUUCAGUCAGCGCUCAAACCUUAUUAAACAUAGGGGAAUCCACACAGCAGAAAGACCAUAUAAAUGCUUGGAUUGUGGGAAAACAUUCGGUCAAAGCUCGUACCUUGUUAAACAUCGGAGAAUCCACACAGGAGAGAGACCGUAUAAAUGCCUUGAGUGUGGGAAAAAUUUCAUUCGUCACUCAAACCUCACUAAACACAGGAGAAUCCACACGGGCGACAAGCCCUAUGAAUGCAAUGACUGUGGGAAAAGUUUCAUUGAGAGAACAAAACUUACUAGACAUCAGGCAAUCCACACAGGAGAGAAACCCCAUAAAUGCUUGGAUUGUGGGAAAACUUUCAGUCAGAAGUCACAACUUCUUAUACACGGGAGACUGCACACAGGAGAGAGACCUUAUAAAUGCCUUGAGUGUGGGAGAAGUUUUAGUCAGAGCUCAAAUCUUGUUACACAUCAGCGAACCCACACGGGAGAGAGACCUAAUAUAUGCCUUGAGUGUGGGAAAAGGUUUAAGCACAGUUCAUCCCUAAUUAAUCAUAGGAGAAUCCACACAGGAGAGAGACCGUAUAAAUGCCUUGAGUGUGGGAAAAGUUUUAUGGAAAGUUCAUCGCUUACUAAACAUGGGAGAAUCCACACGGGAGAGAGACCCCAUAAAUGCCUCGAGUGUGGGAAAGGUUUUAUAGAAAGUUCAUCCCUUACUAAACAUGGGAGAAUCCACACAGGAGAAAGACCCUAUAAAUGUCUUGAGUGUGGGAAAAGUUUCAGUUUGAAAUCAACCCUUAAUUCACAUCAGAAAACCCACGCAGAAGAGAAACCCCAUAAAUGCCUGGAGUGUGGGAACACUUUUGCUAGGCACUCAUCCCUUAUUAAACAUGGAAGAAUCCACAUGGGGGAGAGACCUUAUAAAUGCUUUGACUGUGGGGAAAGCUUCAAUAAGAGCUCAGCGCUGACCAAACAUCAGAGAAUCCACAAGGGUGAGAGACCCUAGAGAUAGCCUUACUGCAGGAAAAGAUUCCAGUUGACUUCACACGUCACUGACCCACACAACAGAAUCUGGGGGAAGCUUUAUUUGGUGCUCCCGGAGUAUCAGACACCUGCAAAUCCACACAGGGAAGAAACCUCUCAGAGGUUCUUAGUUUGGAAAAUGCUUCAAGUGGAGCUAACACCGUGUUGGACAUCAGCAGGGAAAUUUUUUGAGUGCCCUGACUGGGGCUGGCCAUGGUGACAAACCCAUUUUCUCGUUCCCACACACAUCAGGGGCAUUUGGCUCCCAAGGAUCCAGCUGCCUGUCGCUGGGGUGAGGAUCCAGCAGCAGCUGAGCAUCAGCUGGUCAGUGACCCUCUGGCUCUGCCUGGUCUAAGCAAACCCCAGGCAGAGGAGGUGAAGCCCCCAUCAGCCCCUCCUCCGUGCUGCAGCCCUGGCUGCUGAGCUGAUUGGCCACAGGUAGGGAAAGGCUCCAGCACCCAUUGCUGCAGGGGCUCUAGGGUCCCAUGGCGGCUGGGCAGCUGCGGGGACUCUGUCUCAGAGCUCUGAGGUCCCCCCACCAUUUGUGGCUCGGAGCUCUUGGGCCCUCUGCCGCCUGUGGCAUCCGGGAGCUGUUGGGGGGCUCCAGCCGCCCACAGUGACUCAAAGCCCUGGGGGCCAAUCACGGCAGCGGGAGCUGUGGGACACCCACACAGCCUGCAACAGCUCAGAGCUCUGGGGGGCAGCUCUCGGCUGCCAUGGGUGACAGGGGACCCCGCAGCUCCAAGCCGCCACGGGCUGAAGUCACAGAGGUUUCUGGAAGUCACAAAUUCCGUGACUUCUGCGAAUCCAUAACAAAAUCGUACCUUUACUUACGUGUUCUGACCCCCUCCCGUUCGCAGGGUGAUCAUUAGUGCCUGAGUUCCCCCUUUGGGGCCAGAUUGUCUCAUUCCUAGAUAGUCUCACAUUACUCCAGGCUGUGCUGAAAAGCAUUUAGGUGUUUGUAUGUUUUCUCCCUUAUGGACCAGAAUUAACUAGAUGCUAAAAAAGUGGGAGCAGGGACAGUAAAAUGUGGAGUUUUAGCUUCUGUGCUAGUUUAGGGCAAUGGGGUGAGUCUGAGGGAUUCCCUCCUUCCCCCAGCACUGUCACAUUCCACUCUCGAUAGAGCAGCCUCUAUCCAAGCGAUGGAGAGUUUUAUCCUGUCUCCAUCCUACCCCUCCACCUUCCAAGGUGUCACUUACCACCGUGUCCCUGGCUCUCCAUGCCUGGGAAUCACAGUUUUGAUGUCUAUGAUCUUAAGUCAGGCUCCGGAGUGCUGGAGAAGGAAGUGUCACACACCUGGGAGUGGGCGGGGAAAUCCCAAUGAACCCCAAAGCACAGUUUGACCUUUCAGAAUUUAUAGCCCUGUUUCCAUCUAUUGGUAAAAUUGCUUCCUGAUUUUUUCUAGGAUAAUCCAGAUUAUUUUUAGAUGGGAAGGUUUUUUGUCUUUCUCUCUCAUUCUUUAAUUAUAUUGAUGCUAAAGCUUUUGCCACUAAUGCAACCAAAUAAUGAGGUGAGAAAUGAUGCCUUUUUGGCCACUUCAGAAGAAAAUUAGGUACCUUUUUUCCCCUUGAUUUUGAGUUUUAAGGGAUUCUCUGAGAUUUCACUUUAUGAAUGUGAAAGUGUUUUAUAACCCACCCAAACAUCGAGAAUCCAGAAGGGUCUGUGGGUUUUUCUCUCUUCGUGAAGGCCGGUAGGUCGCGUACUUUGAUACUCGUUUCGUUUGACAGGAUGUAGCUCAGAUUUGUUGAGGAAUUCACGAGACAAAUGGUCAUUUGCCAAAAUCGUCCUUUUUUAGAUUUUAUUCUAAUCUUUAACUAACCCUUUGUCAUGAGAUUUUUGUGUGUGGUUUGAACAAUGACAGUGUUCAGUAUCUCUCAGCAGAAAGGCUGAUAGGGCGAGCUAAAGUCACACUGCGAGAGGCUGAGACCGAAACGAAGUUAUUGCCUCCCCGCAGAGAUGUGAGAUACCAUCGGGAACGGGAGAAGGUGGGGGGAACAGAGCUGGGGAACUGCUGGGUUUGCUCCUCAGAGACAGAUGGCUGAAGCUCAGAACUGUGAACUUGCUGCAGAGAGAAACUAGAAUUGGACUGUGAGUGUCGUAUGUAGCUGCACCUGAGCUCUAAAGGCCCAUGAACAAUAUCCCAAAAAGAAUGAUGGAGGAGGGGCAGCAUCUCCCUAUUGCUGUGAUGCCGAGGUUGAGCGCAGGCGAGAAGGGAGCCAGGGAUGUCAACGGGCCCCGGGCCAGCCUUGAAGCCAGGCCGACACCCAGCAUUGAGGCAGAGGGAGAUGGGGAACCUGACAGCGCAGCUGGUCACUGUGACACGGCAUCCCAUUUCUUUAUAGAGAUACUAUUAUGAUAUGGUUAUGGCAUAACUGUGAUGUAUUUUAAACAAGAUAGGUCAUGUGAGAUAUCAUUGAAAAGGUUAUGAUUUCCUGAACAUGAUUAUGCUAUUUGUAUGCGUGUAUCAUUUUUGUAUCUUAAGUUAGGAAUAUUGACUGUGUAUCUGUAUUACAAAUGUGUUUACACCUGGAGAACGCCCACCAAACGAAAGAUUCAAUCUAAAUGGCAGGCUGGGAAGUGCCAUUAAAGAGAACAAUAGGUUUUCCACAAAGCUAAUCUCCCACCAGGGAGCCUUCCUGAGAAAGCUUCAAACCACCUCCAGGUCAUGGCUGCUGUGAUGCUACAGGGUCAUGUGACCAGAUCACCUAGUACUGGACUCCAUCUUGGAAAACCAGUGUUUUUCCACUGAAAGGUGAGGGAACCAAGCUUGGCGACAAAGGGUUCCCUUCAUAUGCACAAGCUAUUUAAGGCAGGGGAGUGAUGACAUCAUUGUUCUCCCCUUACUCCCUGCCCAAAGGAGACUCUGGGGAACAAGGAUUGAACUGAAAGAAAGUGCUGAACCCAGGCUAGAGGGGUUUCUAGCCUGUGAAAGGAAUACCUGAGAAUUUUAAGCUGCAAACAAGGGCAGCUGACCCCUUAAGAAUCUCUGAAACUGGCUUAAAUCAUCAUUUAGGGUGAGAAGUUGCUUUUCAUAUCCAAUCUCUUUAGUAUAUUAAGCCUAGAUUGUGUUUUGUUUAUUUGUUAGGUAAUCUGCUUUGAUCUGUUUG